AAGCCAUCUAUAGUUUAUUUCAACCUGCAUCCGAGGAGUUCCCUUCACAAUGAGAGUCGCGAUAGUAUCCUGGAUUGCUUUGGCGGCGGUAAUGUGCAUCGCCGAGGCUCAGGUCCCGGGUCCCGAGGCCAUGGGAGCCGCCCAAGGGGGCGUUGGCGCGGCGGCGGGGGCCGGCGGUCAGAUGGGAGCCCACGGCGGCGGAGCGGCCGAUGCCGCCCAGGACGGACCCGGAGCCGGGAUGGCCGCUGGCAUUGCAGCGGGCGCCGAGGUGGGCGCCAGUGCCCAGGCCGGAGGAGCCGGCCGAAGACGCUAAGGCGGCACUGCCGUUUGAAAUACCGCUUGCUGCUGUUUGCUCGGGCCCCUCGCAUUGUGCACUCGAGAACAUUUUGAAAGCCACGCAGCGGCCAAUAUCCCCGCUCAGUAUUCGUAAACAACUGAUUUGGUUAAGUAAUGUCAAAUGUCGCUUGUCACACCCUGAUGGCGCCAGUUUUUGGAGCUCAGUGUCAUAAUUGAUUUGAAAUUGUCCCCACCCUCUGGGACCCCCAGCCCGAGCACUGGAAAUCGGCCCACUUCAAAUGAAAGCCACACAAACCAAAAUACAAAUCGUUCUGGCAGUUUAAAUUCCAUUUAAUCCCCUUUUUGAAACACACCCGAAACGCAUCGAUUGUACCGCCGACAGGUGUAUUUAUACGCCUUGGGCAAAAAUAGAAAUAGAAAACUCAUCAGCAAAUGUUAAAAAUACCAAGAGAAUUUCCACAUAAAUCAAGUGAUCAAUAAACAAAUAAAAUAUGGCAGGCACUGACACCGGCCACAGCAACA